AGUAGGUAGUUUGUCAGCUGAUGAGAGGAAUCUGAGCUGAAAAGAUGCUUAUUUGGAUCCAGACAGGGCAUCCACAUAGAUACACUCAUCAUAUACCAACAGCAAGUGAGGACAGGCGCUGGUUAUCGAGUAUCAAAGAUGCCCUUGUAGCAUCCUCCGCAACCAGCCAAAGCAGAGCCUAUUCUGCAGUCACAAGGAUGCAAGAAAUGAGCACAGUAAAAACCAAAAAAAAUACAGUGUUGUUUACAGAGCCAUUGUUGGCGCUGUUGAGCUUCAUGUAUAAUCAUACUGACAGAGACUAAGUAUAAGUACUCAAUCAGAGACUGACAGGCAGACAAGAACUCAAACACAGAGAGGCACUGAAGCUGAAGCAGCAGUGCCCAAAAGACUGAGAGAAGACAUCGAUCGAGGAUUCGAGAGAUGGCCGCCGCGACGGCGUUGGAGGGCGUGAGCGUGACCCACCGGACGCUGGACGUGAACGGCAUCAAGAUCCACGUCGCCGAGGCCGGCUCCGGCACCGGCACGGCCGUGCUGUUCCUGCACGGCUUCCUGGAGCUGUGGCACUCGUGGCACCACCAGCUGCGGUCCCUGUCCGCGCUUGGCUACCGCUGCCUAGCCCCCGACCUCCGCGGCUACGGCGACUCCACGGCGCCGCCGUCGCCGUCCUCCUACACGGCGUUCCACCUCGUGGGCGACGUGGUGGCGCUCCUCGACGCGCUCGCCCUGCCGCGGGCGUACGUCGUCGGCCAGGGCUGGGGCGCGCUCCUGGCGUGGCACCUCGCCACGUUCCGCCCCGACAGGGUGCGCGCGCUCGUCACCAUGAGCGUCGCCUUCAUGCCCCGCAACCCGGCCGUGCGGCCGCUGGAGCUGUUCCGCCGCCUCUACGGCGACGGCUACUACUUGCUCCGGCUGCAGGAGCCUGGCGCCAUGGAGGCCGAGUUCGCGAGGAUGGACACCCGGUUCAUCUUCAGGAAGAUCCUCACCACCCGCGACACCGGCGCCAUCUCGCUGUCGCCGGAGUGGUGGGGGCCGCAGGACCAGGACAUCCCGCUGCCGCCGUGGCUCACCGAGGAGUACGUCGACCGACUCGCCGCCAAGUUCGACGAGACCGGGUUCGCCGGCGCCAUGAACUUCUACCGCUGCCUCGACCUGAAUUGGGAGCUGACGGCGCCAUGGACAGGGGCGAAGGUGGCCGUGCCGACCAAGUACAUCGCCGGCGAGCAUGCCAUGUCGUACAACUACACGGGGGUGCAGGAGUACAUACACAAGGGCGGGCUCAAGGGCGACGUGCCGGGGCUGGAGGAGGUGGCCGUCAUCGCGGGCGCCGCGCACUUCAUCCACCUCGAGAAGCCCGAGGAGGUCACCGAGCACAUCUACCAAUUCAUCAAAAAGUUCUGAGAGUGUGGCUGUUUGUUCAUCAGGAACUCGUUCCGGAAGAUAUCAUUUUAGGCCUUGUUUAGUUCCAAAAAAUUUUGUAAAAUUUUUCAGAUUUCCCGUCACAUCGAAUCUUUAGACGCAUGCAUGGAGUAUUAAAUAUAGAUGAAAAUAAAAACUAAUUGCACAGUUUGGUCAGAA